AUGACUACAGAUCUUAGUUCUGGUGAGAAGCGCAAACGAGGGCGUGAAGAUUCAACAAUCGAUGACAGCCUUUCCGAGCGUCCACGAGUCAUAGGACCAACUAUUCCACAUAUUCGUGCAGAUAGCAGUAAUAAUGCUCAAGAACGAAACACAUUAGAUGACAACUCCGAAGAAAGCGACGACGAUUUUGGGCCCCAGCUACCACCAGCGACACAUAAACAAUCGGUUGGUACGAAACUUCAUGACCAAACCUCCUUGAACAAGCCUCAAGAAGGUCUACCCGAAGAACAUCCCUCGAAACCAGGGAAACGGGACGAAUGGAUGGUUGUCCCUCCCAGUAAAGACUCCUGGGUCUCAGGCCUACGUUCUGCACCGGCGCAAAACCGGAAAUUCAUGACAGGGCGAUCUGCUCGUGGUUCUGAAACAACAGAUGGCACAGGCUCGGCUUGGACGGAGAGCCCAGCUCAAAAGAAGCAGCGGCUGGAGAAUGAGAUAUUGGGAAUACAGUCGCACAGCAGCUCGGCAGACACCAAAGCACAGUCACACAGGGCUGAUAUCACUACUGCAGAUAAAUUGAAGAUGCCUAGGGGCGAAGAAAAGAAACCAUCAUUAUAUGAGAGGCACAAGCAAAGGAAACGAAGUCCAGGUGCGGAUGAUCCGAGUGCACGACCUUUUGAUCGAGAGAAAGACAUCGCUGGUCCUACAAACGUCUCCAAUGCAAAUCGAAAGGAGAUGCUGAACCGGGCCUCAGAUUAUGGAUCUAGAUUUAGUGGAGGUAAAUAUUUAUAA